UAUGGAGAGAGUUUCUUCCCAUUUUCUCGUCCUUGCACUACUCUUACCAAUCCAUUAUUUGAUGGAUUAUAGCUCAGCCAAAAACGAUAUCACUGAUCGUUCUUCCCUUCUCGCCUUAAAAUCCCAAAUCACAUUAGAUCCUCAAAAUAUAUUGACCCAAAAUUGGAGCACUGAAGCCAGUGUUUGCAAUUGGAUCGGAGUUACUUGUGAUUCACACUACAAUAGGGUGACUCAGUUGAAUAUAUCGUACAUGGGUCUUGUCGGAACCCUCCCACGAGAAAUCGGGAAUCUUUCUUUCCUUGUCUCUUUAAAUGCGAGUCACAACUCUUUUCAUGGCCUCAUUCCCCCAUCUAUCUUCAACAUGUCAUUUCUAGAAGUUUUGGAACUAAAGAAUAAUAGUUUGUCUAGUAGUUUACCUCUUGAUAUGUGCACACACAAUCUGCAUAGACUCAAGAGGCUUCGUAUAUCUUACAAUGUGUUGUUUGGGGAAAUACCAUCGAGUUUGGGGCAGUGUUCACAGCUUGAGUAUCUUUCUUUGUCCAACAACACUUUCACUGGAUUUGUGCCGACAGAAAUUGGGAACUUGACCAAGCUUCAAAUGUUGUUCCUUAGUGAAAAUAAGUUGACUGGUCCAAUACCAUCUACUAUUGGAAACCUCUCAAACUUGGUAUACUUAUAUCUUAGUUACAACAAUUUAAAUGGUCCAAUACCAUCUACUAUUGGAAACCUCGCAAACUUGGUAUACUUACAUCUUGGUUACAACAAUUUAAAUGGUCAAAUACCAUAUUCUACUAUUGGAAACCUCUUAAACUUGGUAUACUUAGAUCUUGGUUACAACAAUUUAAAUGGUCGGCUACCAAAGGACAUUUGCAUGCAUAAUAGCCUUCAAAGACUCAAAACACUUCACCUAUGGGAGAACAAAUUGGAAGGACAUAUACCAUCAAGUUUGUACCAAUGUCCACAACUUGAGAUUGUUCGCUUGUCAUUUAACAACUUUUGUGGACUUGAGAGUAUUCCCAGACAAAAUGGGAAUAUCACACUGCUUAAGGAAUUGUACCUUCGUUCGAACAAUUUGAGAGGAACAAUACCAUCCACCAUUGAGAAUCUAUCAAAUCUGUCGCUAAUAGAUCUCUCUGACAACGAAUUAAAUGGUCCAAUACCAUCCACCAUUGGGAAUCUAUCAAAUUUGUGGUGGCUAGACCUCUCUGACAACAAAUUAAACGGUCCAAUACCAUCUAUCAUUGGAAAUUUAACAAAUUUGGAGUAUUUAUUGCUCUCUUCCAACAAAUUAAAUGGUGAGCUUCCAUUCUCCAUGUGCAACUUCACAUCCCUUGAGGUUCUGAUUCUCUCAAAUAACAGUUUGGAAGGGUCAAUUCCGCAAUGCUUUCGAAACUUGAGCAAAUCAUUGCUCAUAUUUCAUUUAAAUGCAAAUUACUUUAGUGGCCUCAUUCCAUCAAUAUUUAUCAAAGGGUGUAGUCUUCAGUCCAUCAAUUUGAGUGGUAAUAAAUUGCGAAGAAGAUUACCUAAAUCCUUAAUCAAUUGCAAAAGUCUAAAGGGCCUCGAUGUUGGAAAUAAUAGAAUACAAGAUGAAUUUCCGUUUUGGAUGGAAGCUCUUCCUGAUCUUCGAGUGCUCGUUUUGAAGUCUAACAAGUUUGAUGGUAACAUGUCGCUGCCUUCACGAAGUAACCUUUCAUUCUCGAAGUUGCAAGUUUUAGAUAUAUACCUCAAAAAUAUUUCAAGAAUUUCAGAGCAAUGA